AUGUUCUCUGCCCGCAACGUCGUCCGAUCUGCGCCCCGCGCUGUCUCCCGACUCUCAGGCGUUGCUCUGCGACAGACCGCCCGUCCCAGCGCCUUCACCAAGGCUGCUUCUGCCCUACGACCCGCCCAGGCUGCAUUCUCUACCACAAGCCUCCGUAAGGCUACCGAGAACGAUGGCGAGCUUAGCGCCAAGCUCGAGAGCGAGAUCAAGAUCGAGGAGGACAUCAAGGCCAGCGAGCAGGACCCUGCCAGCAUCAAGGACUUCUUGAACAACAGUGCCUUUGAGCUCGUUGACACACCCGGCCAGGAGAUUGUCAAGCUGGUCCGUGACUUUGGCGAUGAGAAGAUCACCGUCAGCUUCUCCAUUGCCGACAUCACCAACUAUGACCCCUACGCUGAGGAGAGCGCACUCGAGGAGGAGGGCUUUGAGGAUGAAGGCGCCCAGGGCAGCCAGCGCAACGCUCGCGCCAACGAAGAAAUCGAUGAGGAGCUCGACGAGGAUGCCGAGGAGGAGAACAACCCCCCCAUCAACCUGUCAAUUGUUGUCGAGAAGCCUGGCAAGGCCUCUGGCGCCCUUAACAUCGAUGCCAGCGCUCAGGACGGGCACAUUGUUGUCGAGAAUCUCUUCUAUUACACCGACGCCUCAGUCGCCAAGGUCGAGAGCCCCGACGCCGCCCAGAAGCGUGCUGAUGUCUACCCCGGACCUCCUUUCGGCAGCCUCGACGACGACCUGCAGGUCCUCAUGGAGCGCUUCCUCGAGGAGCGCGGCAUCACCCAGGCCCUCGCUGUCUUUGUUCCCGAUUAUGUCGAUGUCAAGGAGCAGCGAGAAUACACCCGAUGGUUGAACAACGUGAAGGCUUUCAUUGAUGCUUGA